AUGUUCACCAAGCAAUCCGUCUUGACCCUCCUUGGAGGACUGUCGCUUGCUCUCGCGCAGACCACCACGGAGGAAUACCCUUCUGCCGCGGAGAUUGCCGCAGCCAAGGCCUCGGUCCAGCCAUACUCACCAGUGUCCAACGUCAAGGGUCUCUCAUUCAACCGCUUCGUGAACAUUUGGUUGGAGAACACCGACUACGAUACUGCCGCUGGGAACACUCACCUGGCCGAGUUGGCCAAGAAGGGUCUUUUGCUCAGCAACUUCUGGGCCAUUACCCACCCCUCGGAGCCUAACUACUGUGCCUCGGCCGCCGGUGACACCUUUGGCAUGGACAACGAUGACUUCCACCAAAUCCCUAGCAACGUGUCCACCAUCGCGGACUUGUUUGAUACCAAGAACAUCGCGUGGGGAGAGUACCAGGAGGCUCUGCCCUACCCUGGUUACCAGGGGUACCGCUACCCGGAGAGCGGUGCCAACGUGUACGUGCGGAAGCACAACCCUCUGAUCUUGUUCGAUUCCGUGACGGAAGAUUCCCUUCGUCUACGACAGAUCAAGAACUUCACUACCUUCUACGAGGAUUUGGAGCACGAGCGUCUCCCUCAGUACAUGUUCAUCACCCCCAACAUGACCAAUGACGGCCACGACUCCAACAUCGAGACCUCCGGGGCCUGGACCUACGACUUUCUGACUAAGCUUCUCGAGAACGAGUACUUCACCAAGGAUACUCUCGUUAUGCUGACCUUCGACGAGACCAGCACCUACGAGAUUGGCAACAAUGUCUAUACCUUCUUGCUGGGUGGUGCCGUCCCGGAGAACCUCCGUGGUACCACCGAUGAUACCUUCUAUACCCACUAUUCCGUCAUUGCCUCCAUGUCCGCCAACUGGGGUCUCCCGUCUCUGGGUCGCUGGGACUGUGGUGCCAACCUCUUCAAGUGGGUGGCUGAGAAGACCGGCUAUGUCAACUAUGAAGUUGACACCACCAACCUCUACAUGAACGAAACCCACCCCGGUCCGCUCUCUGAUGACGACUACAGCACCUACACUGCCGGAUGGCCUGUUCCUCUCACCACGGGUACUUGCUCGGCCGGCCAUGGUAUCUUGUCUCAAGUCAAGAAGACCUGGAAGGGACUAACCGCUACCUUCAACUACACUGCUCCUUUCCCUUACGACUCGCGGAGCAACAACAACCUUGGUGUUUCUUACAGCCGCAAGCUGAAGAAUGGAAAGACCGAGUCUAGUGUUUCUCAGUGA